CAUUUAUUCCUGACAAAUUUCGAUACUCAAGUUGCAAGUUUAGAGGAGCUACGGGACAAUGUAACAUUUGCUGUUAAUGUUACCGCCAUACGUAUGAGACAACGUGAACUUGAAAGUGAAGAGGGAAAUAUUUGGAAUGAUGUCGAUUUACCAACUAUGAAAUUGUUACCGGAUUUAAUACACGAUGCCGUGAUGUUAUUUUAUUUAGCUGUUAAAAAUAUUAGUGUCAUGUAUGAAAUCAAUCCACCGGCUAUACCUUACACCUACGAAGAUGGCAAUGAAAAUCCAUGGCCAAUGGGUUUAUAUAUAAAUCGUGUUAUGAAAUUUAUUGCCUCCGCCGAUGAUAGUCACUUCCAUAUGAGCUAUAUGCAAUUCGAUGAUGGUGGCCAACGAAUAAAUUUCACAUUGGAAAUCUAUGAACCGGUAGAUAAUUAUUUAGCUACAGCAGAUGGUCAUAUCAGUCAAAAGGUAGUGGAAUUGACAAAUAUCAAAAAAAUUGUCUAUAAAGUGGCAACACGUAUUGGAGAACCGUAUUUUAUGUUGAAUCGACUCCGCUUUACUGAUGCUCAUAUGGGUAUAUGUGAUCUGACCAUAACUCAAAAACGUAAAACUGUUGUGGAUUUUACGGUGCCCUUUAUGCAAUUGGGUAUCAGUAUUUUGGCCUAUGAAAAACCAAUUGAACAGAAAUCCUGGAAUGCAUUUUUGGAACCAUUUACCAAUGAAGUUUGGAUUUAUGUUAUGUUUUCGAUUUUCAUCAUGGCAUUUCUGUUUCUAUUUAUGGCAAGAAUAUCGAAAGGUGAAUGGCAAAAUCCCCAUCCCUGUAAUAAAAAUCCUGAAGUUUUGGAAAAUACUUGGAAUGUUUCGAAUGUCUUCUGGCUGACAAUUGGCUCCAUUAUGACAGCCGGCAGCGACAUCUUACCACGAAGUGCUCCCAUGCGUACUUUCAAUGCCAUGUGGUGGAUUUUUGCUGUAAUCAUUGCAAAUUCCUAUACAGCUAAUUUGGCGGCUUUCUUGACCAACAGUAAAAUGGAAGGUGACAUUAAGGGCGUUGAAGAUUUGGCAAAACAGAAUGAAGUGAAAUUUGGUACCAUUGAGGGUGGCAGUACCUAUACAUUCUUUUCGGAAUCGAAUGAAACCGCCUUUCGUUUGGCAUACAAUAUGAUGCAGUCACAAGAUCCUUCGGUCUAUACGAAAAGUAAUAAUGAAGGGGUAGAGAGGGUGUUGAAAAAUAACGGUUCCUAUAUGUUUCUAAUGGAAACCACCUCGUUGGAGUACAAUACCGAACGGAAUUGUAAAUUGAAGAUGUUGGGCGAAACUUUCGGAGAGAAACACUAUGCCAUUGCUGUGCCGUUUGGUGCUGAAUAUCGCUCCAAUUUAAGUGUUGCCAUACUUAAACUUGGUGAAUUGGGAAAGUUAUUCGAAUUGAAGAAAAAAUGGUGGGUUAAUGAGAACAAAAGUUGUCCCCAAAAAACCAAAGCCAAUUCGGAAACAAAUGAUUUAAAUUUCACCGAAGUGCGAGGUAUAUUUUAUACCCUUUAUGUUGGCCUGUUCAUAGCCUAUGUUGUUGGCAUUACGGAGUUUUUAAUUUAUGCCCAACAUGUUGCCGUUGAAGAAAAGUUAACAUUUAAAGAAGCUCUAACAAAGGAACUGAAAUUUGUUCUAAAAGUUUGGAAUAACAAGAAACCUGUAACACCUGCCUGUAGUACAGCAUCAUCAUCGCAUCGAUCCGGUAGUACUGACAAAUCGUCGAAGCCGUAUGCUAUACGUUCGGAUAGAGUGAAUGGUACAAACGAUAUGGAUGAAAGGAAAAGUGCUUUGUUCUACGACAAUGAAUUCGAAAUUGAGGAAGCCUUUGUGCAAUCGAUUGAGUUCGUAAACACCCUGAGCAAGGAUGAAUUUUUACUACAGCCAAUCGUCAUGAGAUUAAAUACCUACGACAGCACAAUGUUUAUUGAAAAGUAUGACGUAGUUGCAGUACUCGCAAAUAUAACUGGUAUACCAAACAUCCUUUUCGAUACCAUUAUCGAGGAACCUGAGGAACAAAAGGCUGGCCAUCAGUUAACAGUGAAUGUCUAUCCGGCACAACAAAUGAUUUCCAAAGCCUAUUCCGAUAUUAUUCACAACUACGGUUGGAGGAAAUUUAAUUUGGUCUACGACAUCGAUGAUGAUACCGCUCCGAUGAGAUUACAGGAUAUUAUUCAAUUAAGAGAUCUCUAUAUUGAUGCUGUUCGUUUGCGAAAAUAUCGUAAGGGAGAUGAUUAUCGAAAUUUAUGGAAGAGUAUGAAAGGUGAUCGAAGGGUAAUUUUAGACUGCCCAGCCGAUAUAUUAGUGGAAAUGUUAAAUGCCUCGAUACCGUUUGAUAUGACUGGGCAAUUUAAUCAUUUAUUUUUAACAAAUUUGGAAGAUCUGGAAGGUAUUUUGGAGCCAUUAAGAAAUAAUGAAACGUUUGCUCUAAACAUUACCGCGGUGAGAUUUAAAGAGAUGCCUACCAAUUUGCCAAAUUUAAAUCAAGUUAAUAAUGAACCAAGCCAAAAGUUAUUACCCAAACUAAUACACGAUGCUGUGAUGUUAUACUAUUUGGCUCUAAAAAAUAUAACCACACACUAUAUUAUAGAGGAUCCUCCUCAGUAUACUUGUGAGAAUUUAGACUUCAGUGGUGAAAUGGGUCGUUGGCCUUUUGGCGAAUACAUUCGGAGGAUAAUGGGCCAG